GUCUACCCACAGCACUCCGGCAUCCAGCCGAACACGCCAAUUGUCAGCAUGGACAACACGAUCAUGCUGUGCGCGUGUCAGGAGAACGAGGAUUUGCCGCAGCUCGCCGAGCUACCCGCCGACCUCUUCACUGCCUGCCUCACCACGCCCAUUCGCACAGCCCUCAAGUGGCAUUGGUUGAAGUACAACAAGUAUUUUCCAGGCUACAUUGACGAGGAGCUACUCGACCGAAUCCCGGGCACUCCUGGAAACCGCAUGUCGUUGCUGGGCGAAAUCAACUGGAUCUUCACCGCGGUAACCGACACCAUCGCCUGGUGCAGCUUCCCCCCAGAGCUCUUCCAAAAACUCUUCCGCCAGGACCUCCUGGUGGCCAGCAUCUACCGCAAUUACCUCUUGGCCGAGCGUCUGAUGCGCGCCUUCGGCUGCCAUCCAUGCUCGUGGCCAAAGCUAAAACCCACUCACAACCACCACAUCUGGUGA